CGGGUCUUAAUAGGACAAGGACAUCAUAAAGAGGGUCAGUAAUGGGACUAUUGGACAAGAGUACAGAGCUUCUGAAGGAGUCUCUUAUCAAGGGGAAUAAGCCUUUCACGUAUAAGCUCUUGUCGAGAGAGUUGAAUAUUCACACUUCAGAUGCUAAAGCCCUGCUUUAUAGCUUCUAUCUUAAGUUCAAGGAUGAAGUGGAACCCACGUAUCUUCUGCUGGGACAACUACAGGACUCCGAUGACCUGCUGAGUAUCAAAUUGACAAAGAACUUGGGGGACCAAGAUGAGUUUGAGAAGCUCGCCUCUAUUGAAGUAUAUGCUCUUGCUCCAAAGAAUCUCACCAUUGAUGAAAUUGUACAGAGCAACGUGUCUGAAGUGGAAAGGUUCCCAUUAACCCAGGAUGGAUUCAAACAAUGGGGGGUCAUCAGAGGACCUGAAUUUAUCGAAGUUGAAACGAUACAUACAGAGACCACCCAUCCAAUACGUCAGGAAGUUCGAAAGCCAAUUAAUAAGACAAAGGAGGAAACUUCCAACAGCAAGGCUUCAAAAUUUGAUACGGGACUCGCAUCGGCAAGAAUACUAGAGAAGUAUAAGACUAAAGAAAAGCCUAUCAAGAAGGACCAACCUUCGAUCUCUACCACAUUCACCUCGAAAACAACCUCAUCUUCGAACACUAUGAAACCUGGUGUUACUAGAAGAUCGAAGACUGAACCUGUGAACGGUGGACCUGCUGAAUUGAUAGAAGACGAAGACCUAAACGACGAAGAGUUCAUCAAGAAACAAGAGUUGGAGAAACAGGAAAAGGACAGGAAGAGGAAAGAAUUGGAAUCCAUGUUCGAUGACGACGAUGGCUUUGAAGUAUAUGAGCGAAAAGGUGAAGUACAGCCGGAUAAACCACAGCCUGUGACAGCUUCAAAGCAUGCGGAUCUGGAAGGUAUCUUUGAUUCCAGUUUCUCAGCGUCUCAGUCACAAUCACAAUCGCAAUCACAACAAGGGAACAGCUCGGUGAAGAGUUCGCCUGCUAAGACGAACGAGCGCAAAGAGGUCUCCAAAGAAGUUUCCAAGGAAGCGUCAGAUUCAGUGACGAGUUACUACGACGAAGAUGGCUACCUCGUGACAAAGGUGGAAGCCAAACAGAAAUCAGCACCGAAUCCUAAGCCCAGGGCAAGAACUGCCACAUCAUCAUUGGAGUCGAAGUCACCUGCAAAGAAGGCCAAAUCAGGCACCAAGCAGAGUACACUGAUGAGUUUCUUUGGUAAAAAGAAGUGAAUAACUGCUUAAUCUACACUCUAUGUUCUUCUCCUCUAGUCCUCUAGUCCUUUAGUCCUUAGUCUCUUGUGUGUUUCUAGGUCUUGGCUUCAUAGUCCCCACCC